CGUGUCCCCAGAGUUCCCCCUAGCCACAGACAAAUUAGCUUUUCUUUCCACCUCUCCUCCAACCCCCACCUUCAUCCAUUCAAUUCACCCUCUAUUAAAAACCUUUUCUUAUGAGGCAAUAAUUGAUAUUUUUAUUUAUGGACAUGUUUUAGCUCAUUUUGCGCAUCCCAUAGCCUGUUUUCCUGGCGGGGCCCCACCUUACCACCCCCCAGCUACGGCCCUGGCCUCUCUUUCUCUCCCUCCCCACUCAUUGAUCAGUUAAACGUGGGUGUGAGACAUUGGCGUUAGAUCAAGGACUGCAUGUUUAGCACACAAAGUAUUACCUUUGAGUGGGGUACACUUAUUUAAUAAUAGUAAUAAUAAUAAAAAUGAUAAUAAUAAUAACACCCCACCCAUCUGCUGUGAUUCCUCAGCCACUCUGGACAGCUACAGCAUAUUUAAAAACAUAAUAACAUUGAGAAGGAGGUUUUUCCUAUGGAAAGGCCCUAUAAUUAGGAGCGUUCCAGCAUUUGGCACAUACUGUAUUAGAACUUUAGCUCACAGCCUAUGAGGGAGAAAAUCAUAUUCCUGUCCACUUUUUGCCACAUUUUCUAUAACUCUCACCAUGCCUCCCCAUCGCUCACCUUUUCCCAAAAAGAGUCUUGAGUUUGUUUUUUCAGGCAGCCACCCACUUUUCAGCCUCGGCCUCUGGGAUCCCCUCCCUCACGUCACCCUCGAGCCCUUCUGCAUAUGGCAAAAUUAAUUGGAAUCCCACAAAAUCCUGUGUGAAGAAAAGUCCUUCCUUUUGCCUGCCCUGACUUUCCCUGCAUUGAGCUUCACUAGGUCUUCACAGCAGAUUAAAAAGGACCCAGUCAUUUUUUGAUUAUGCUAAAAAUGCCGUGCAAUCCCAGUCUUCACCCAGUGUUUUUUCAUACUAUCAGAGAGGCUGGCAAUUUUGUCCAAAUUCACUCAAAAUAGGCACUGUGAUGGAGUGUUGGGCUGCUUCUCCUCUUUACAUCGAGGCUAAGAGCUGGAAAUGGAGCAAUUUGUGGGGGAAAUGGAGUUAGUUUUUAAAAUUAGUCUGAGGCUCAUGUGAAGUUAGGCAAAAUAGAGCCACACUUCUCUCCAGCUCUCACUGGAAAUGAUUCCUUAAACCAGCCACCGCCAAGAGCAUUCCUUUUAAAAUAAAGAAAUUAUUUUCCUCUACACGAAAGAGGCUCUGCUCCAGCUAACUCCACAGCUCCAUAUCAGCAAAGAUCCAGACGAGUCUGGAUUUCCUGGAAAGGAAACACACAUACAGCCAACUCCAUAGCUCCAUAUCAGCAGAGAUCCGGAGGCAUCGAGUCUGAAAAGGAAACACGCCCAUUUGCAGACGGAAAAGUGAGAAAAUGAAACCAACUCUCUUCCUGGGGAGGUGGCCAUGGCUGCUUCUGGGGGUCCUGUCAUGAAUCUCUGCGAGGAAGCCACUUGCUGCAUCUGCCUGGAUUAUUUCCAGGAUCCAGUGAUCAUCCCGGAGUGUGGGCACAACUUCUGCCGAGCCUGCCUGACCCAGUAUUGGAGGAAAUCCGAGCGAGAGGCUUCCUGCCCUCAGUGCAGGAAAACAGUGGAGCGAUGCAGCAUCAGGCAAAACCAGCAGCUGGCAAAUGUGGAAAUAACUAAGAAAUUCAACCUUCUGGGCGGAAUAAAGGAGGCAGAAGGAAAGGGGAGAGUUUGCGAGAAGCACAAGGAGCCCCUGAAGCUGUUUUGCAAGGAGGAUGAAGCCCCCAUCUGCCUGGUUUGUGACAGAUCCAAGGAGCACAAAAGCCACAAGGUGGUUCCUAUAGAGGAGGCGUCCCCGGAGUACAAGGAUCAGCUAAGCAGCUGCCUAGACAACAUGAGAAAGGCGCGAAAGAAAAUUAUGGUGUUUCAAGCAGAUGCAGAAAAGGAAAGCCAAGACCUGCUUAAGCAAAUGGAAGCAGAGAGGGAAAAGAUGGUGGCUGAGAUCAGGCAGAUGCAUCAGUUUCUGGAAGAAAAAGAGAAGCUUCUUCUGGCCCAGAUGGCGGAAGUGGAGAAGGAGAUUGCAAAGAAAAGGGAGGAGCACCUGGCCAGACUCUCCUUGAAACUCUCCUCUCUUGACAGUCUCAUCCGAGAGAUGGAGGAGAAGCUUCGGGAACCAGCAAGUGAAUUCCUGCAGGAUAUCAGAAGCUUCUUGCAGAGAUCUCAGGUGAAGGAGAACUUAGAGAAUCCUCCUGUGGCUUUUCCUCCUGCCCUGAAGUGGAGGAUCUGGGACUUCAGCGAUAUUCAUCCCUUCCUGGAGGGAGUCAUGAAGAAAUUCAGAGACACUGUGGAAUAUGGAGUUCAUCUGCGGAAAGAAAAAGUAACUUUGGAUCCAGACACAGCAAAUCCCUACCUCAUCCUGUCUGAGGAUCGAAAGAGAGUGAUUCGGGGGAAAGUCUACCAAGACCUGCCAAACAACCCUGAGAGAUUUGACAUGCGUGGCUAUGUGCUGGGAUGUGAGGGGUUCACAUCAGGCAGACAUUUCUGGGAGGUCACUGUGGGAAGGGAGGAGACCUGGGAACUGGAGGUUGCCAGAAAUUCCGUGAAGAGGAAGUGUCUUUUCUCUUUUGCUCCUAGGGAAAGGAGUCGGGUAAAAGAGUGUCAAGAGAUGGCAAACAACCCUGAGAGAUUUGACUGCAAUACCUUCCUUGAGGUAUUCGAGGGAGACAGAUAUUUCUGUGAGGUUUUUUUGAUGAGCGAGGGGGAAUGGGCCAUGGGGGUGGCAAGAAAGUCUGUGAAGAGGAAAGGCAAGUUUACCCCUGGUCCUAAGGAAGGGAUCUGGCGCAUAGGGAACUGGGGUGAUCAAUACAGGGUCUCCAACUUAGAUGGGCCCCCUGUUUCGAUGCUGGGUGAGGAGCCCAAGAGGAUCCGAGUGGCCCUGAACUGUGAAGGGGGCCGGGUGUCAUUUUACAAUGCAGAUACAGCAGCCCUUCUCCACUCAUUCUCAGAAGCCUCCUUCUCAGGAGAGACCCUCCAGCCCUUCCUUUACAUGUUCACUGAAGGCCACCUGACACUUCAGCUUAUUCAGAGAUUCUGUGUCCUAGAUCUCUGCGAGGAAGCCACUUGCCCCAUCUGCCUGGAGUGUUUCAGGGAUCCAGUGAUCAUCCCGGAGUGCGGGCACAACUUCUGCCGAUCCUGCCUGACCCAGUGCUGGGAGAAAUCCGAGGGACAGGCUUCCUGCCCUCAGUGCAGAGAAAUCAUUCAGCACAGGAAUCUCAUCCCCAAUCGGCCGCUGGCAAAUGUUGUGGAAAAACUCAAUAUUCAAGGUGAAAAGGAGGCCGAGCACAAAAGCCACGAGGCGAUUCUUCUGGAGGAGGCGUUCGAGGAGUACAAGAAACAAACAGAUGCAGAGAGGAAAAAGAUAGGGGCUGAGUUCAGGCGACUGCGCCAGUUUCUGGAAAAACAAGAGAAGCGUAUUCUGACCCAGAUGGCAGAAGUGGAGAAGGAGAUUGCAGCAAAAAGGGAGCAGCACCUGGCCAGACUCUCUGGGGAACUCUCCUCUCUUGAGAGCCUCAUCCGGGAGAUGGAGGAGAAGCUUCAGGAACCAGCCAGUGAACUCCUGCAGGAUAUUGGAAGCUUCUUGCAGAGGUCUCAGGCGAAGGAGAACUUAGAGGAUCCUCCUGUGGCUUUUCCUCCUGCCCUGAAGUGGAGAAUCUGGGACUUCUGUGAUAUAAAUCCCUUCCUGGAGGGUGUUGUGAAGAAAUUCAGAGACACUGUGGAAUAUGGACUUCAGCUGCGAAAAGAAAACGUAACUUUGGAUCCAGACACAGCAAAUCCCUGGCUCAUCCUGUCUGAGGAUCGAAAGAGUGUGAGAGAGGGAGAAGUGCAUCAAGACCUGCCAGACAACCCUGAGAGAUUUGAUACAUAUAACUAUGUGCUGGGAUGUGAGGGUUUCACAUCAGGCAGGCAUUUCUGGGAGGUCACUGUGGGAAGAGAGGAGAGAUGGGGGGUGGGGGUUGCCAGAAAGUCUGUGAAGAGGAAGGGUCGUUUGUCUUUUGGUCCUAGGGGAGGGAUCUGGGGUUUUGGGAAGUGGGGCGGUGGGUACAAUUGCUCCCCCCAUGAGGAGCCCAAGAGGAUCCGAGUGACCCUGAACUGUGAAGGGGGACGGGUGUCCUUUUACGAUGCCGAUACAGCAGCCCUCCUCUGCACAUAUCCAGCAGCCUCCUUCUCAGGAGAGACCCUCCAGCCCUUCUUUUACGUGAGCAAGAAAGCCAACCUAAGACUCUACUGACUGAGGGUGGAGACAGACAGGGCUGUCUUGAGCAGAUCGCGCGCCCUGGUGCUGAGGGGCGGAGAUUG